AUGGCUGAAGGAUAUUUAGCAUGGAAUAUAUUAGUUUUACAAGAAAGAAUCCGGAGGCUUGAGAGAAAAGUAGAGAGAAGAUUGUUGCGCGAUGCGCAAAAUCCAUUUGCACUUCCACAACAAGAAUUUAUUGCACAGUUUAGACUUAAUCAAGAAGUGGUCUUGCACAUUGUUAAUAGUUUGAGAGAAGAUUUACAAAAACAACGUGUAACUGGUUUGUCUCCGGAAAUUCAAGUUUUGGUGGCGAUUGGCUUUUUUGCUCACGGUAGUUAUCAAAGACCGGCUGGAAACCAAUGUGAACUAGUAGUAAGUCAGCCAACUGCUAGCCGUUGCAUACGCAAAGUAACACAUUUAAUAAAUAUACAUUUAUUACGUCAAUGGAUAAAAUUUCCCAUGACGGCACAAGAAAAGGCUGCAGCACAGAACAAAUUUACUCUAGCUGCACAGCCAUUUCCUGGAGCUAUUGGAGCUAUUGAUUGUACAUAUAUAAAUAUUCUUGCUCCAUAUGCUCAUGAAGAGGCAUAUGUUAAUCAUCAUGACAAUCACUCCUUGAAUGUUCAAGCGAUAGUCGAUCCAGAUAUGAAAAUAUUGAAUAUAAAUGCAAGAUAUCCAGGUGCAAGGAAUGAUGCAUACAUAUGGAGUGUCUCUCCAAUUAGACGUGUCAUGGAACAUUGGUAUAACCAAGGGGAAAGGAAAAUCUAUUUAAUAGGAGAUGCUGGAUAUCCCUUAGAACCUUGGCUCAUGACACCGUUGCCACAUUAUUCUCAGUGGAGUCGGCAGUACCAUUAUAAUCAGAAAUUAUCUAAAGCACGGAGUAUCGUGGAAAGACUAUUUGGAAUUAUAAAGGGAACGUGGAGAUGUUUAUCCUAUGAACGGAUAUUGAUGUAUGCUCCAGACAUUAGCGGACAAAUUGUGAAUGCAUGCACAGUUUUGCAUAACAUGCGUGUACACUAUCGGCUACCGUUGGAGAUAGAAGAAAAUAUAAUCGUUGACAACGCAAAUGCAGAUCGAGCAAAUGACAUAGAUGAAGAAGAUCAAGAUGUAAUACUUCGCAGAGGACCUAGAGCAAUAGCGCAACAUGUACAAAAACAGAUUAUGCGAGACUGGUUUCCAAAUUAUCAAUGUGCCUGGAAUAAUGAGAAUAAUGCAGAAAUUUAAGUACAAAUG